AUGAACAUUAGCCAAAUUAUUUCCUAUUGGGGCUACCCAGAUGAAGUAUAUGAUAUUGUAACUGAAGAUGGUUACAUCCUUGGCCUUUAUAGAAUUCCUUAUGGGAAGACAAACAAUGACAGAAACAUGACUCAGAGGCUUGUUGUAUACUUGCAACAUGGUUUAUUUACAUCUGCCAGCAGCUGGAUUUCUAAUCUUCCCAACAACAGCCUGGGCUUCAUUCUAGCAGAUGCUGGUUUUGACGUAUGGAUGGGGAACAGCAGAGGGACUACCUGGUCCAGGAAACACACAUACCUCAAAACAAAUUCCAAAGAAUUCUGGGCCUUCAGUUUUGAUGAGAUGGCAAAAUACGACCUCCCAGCCUCCAUUGACUUCAUCGUGAAGCACACGGGACAAGAGGAAAUAUUUUAUAUAGGUCAUUCCCAGGGCACCACUAUUGCUUUCAUAACGUUUUCCACAAUACCAAAGAUAGCCAAAAGAAUCAAAAUAUUUUUUGCCUUAGCUCCAGUUUUUUCUAUUAAAUACUCAAAGAGCCCUUUAAUUAAAAGGGCAUACAAAUGGAAGUCAGUGAUAAAGGCUUUUUGGGGCAACAAAGACUUCCUACCUAAUACCUCAUUUAAAAGAUUUGUUGGUUCAAGGCUGUGUCCACUGAAGACUAUUGGUAAGAUUUGCCGUGAUAUCUUGUUUAUGAUAUAUGGAUGUGACCUGGAGAACUUAAAUAUGGCAGUACAUGAAAUGCACACCUCACAUUCCCAGCUGCGCUGUAGCAAACAGAUGAGUAUAAUCUUGCUUUUAAAUUUUUUCUUUCAGCUUUUUAAUUCUAGCCAAUUGAGAGCUUUUGAUUGGGGCAGUCCUGUUCUGAACUUGCUUCAUUUUAAUCAGUCCACUUCUCCAUUUUACGACGUGAGAAACAUGAACGUAUCAACAGCAACUUGGAAUGGGGGCAAUGACUUGUUGGCCGAUCCUGAAGAUGUGAAAAAUCUACUUCCUGAAAUUACAAACCACAUUUACCACAAAACUGUUUCUUACUACAAUCAUAUAGACUUUUUGUUCGGAUUAGAUGUGUAUCAGCAAGUUUACCGUGAAAUCAUUGGCAUUAUCCAAGGCAAUCUAUAA